AUGGAUGGGAUAACCACUGGGGUAGAUUCCUUAGUACAUGAUGAAUACAAACCGGCGGGGAUAGUUUAGUCAUGCACUGAAGUAUACCUUAUGGCUGAGGGUAGAAGAGAUGGAAGUAAAUCUGGCUAGAUAUUUGAUAUUGCUUUUGGGUUAGUAGGUGAUGGUUUGUCUGGCUACAUGUCUGGAAAAUGUUAUAAAGCUGUCAAGGAGAAUUUAUAAACAAAGUAAGCUAGUCGAAUUCGAAUUGAGGAUUAGGUAAAAUCUAAGUGUGAAGAAGUAAAAAGCUAUUAAAAGACUGACUUAGUUUAGUAAAAACCAGUUAAGAUUAAUCAAAAGAUAUCUAAUCAGGCUUAAAAAAAUCCUAAGAUUGGGUCUAGAGCAUCUCAUCAAAAUGGGAGUUUAUAACCAAAGAUCCGAGCUAGAAUUGAUCCUUUAAAUAUUCUACCUGAAUCUCUUGACAGCUUGAAUGUUGACGGAUAAAUCAAUAUUUAAAGAGUUUAUGAAAGUAUGAAGCAAUUCAAAGCCGAAUAUCUAGAUAUUGGUUCUGUAGGAGAAAUAAAUAAUUAAUUUGAUCUCCAGUCAGCUAUUCCAAACGUAUCAGAUUUAGAUGGCAUUAUAAGAAAUAGUUCUAAUACCCAUACAAAAAUAAUGGAAACACAUGCAUUUAAAAAUCUAAUUAUAGAAUCAGAUAAACUUCUAGCUUAAGCACAGGAAAAGCCUGCUUAAUUCAGAGUAGCAAAUAAUUCUCCUCAACUUGUUAAGGAGUCCGUUAAUGAAGUUGCUAAUUUCAAUUGA